AUGAACACGAAAAAAAAUGAUAAGAAAAAUUCAAAAUAACUAUAGGAAAUUCUUUAAGAAAAACUUCACUCAGAAUCUAAAAUUACAGGCCCUACUAAGCCUAAUCUAUAAUCAAUGCAAUAAAAUGAACUAAUGAAAAAGUAAAUUGUAGAUUUAAACAUAGAAGUUUCGAAAUUGAAAUAAAUGUUAGCUUAAACCACUAUCACGCGUAUACAUACUGAAGAAGAUGAAUAAGAUUUAGAAUUUAAUCUUAUCUCCAGAGCUGCGACUGAAACAAAUGACAGUUACAACUUUAGAGGUGAAAGAAACUUUAUUUUUGGAAUUGGUGGCCAAGGAAUUAAAUUACAUUAGAAAUCUAAAUAACUGGUUCCUAUUCUUGACCUAUCAAAUCUUAAUCAAAAUAAAAACUAUAAAAAUUGGUACAGUUAUAGUAAAAAGCUUGAAGAUGUGGUCAAAAUAUUAAGAGAAAAAAUAUAAUUAUUAGAAGAGAAUUAGAUUACAAAUAAAAGGUGUGCAACUGAAGAGGAGAGAGAUAGUGGUUCCCUAAUAUGA